AUGGAGCAGAUGGACUGUAAACCUUACCAGCCUCUAUCCAAAGCUAAGCAUGAAAUGGAUCUAGCUUAUACGAGCUCUUCAGAUGAAAGUGAAGAUGGGAGAAAAGCAAGACAGUCCUACGAGUCGAGAGAAACCCUGAAUGAAUUUGGACAAGAUCUCAGACUCAACUACAACAGCCAUAGCCGAAAAGGAAAAGGAGUUGAUGAAUCCACUCAAGAGCUGGAAUUCUGUGACUCUCCCCAUAUGUUGUGUGCUGGCUACCAGGGGGACUUGCAUACAGUUUCUCAGCACGGCUAUCCUAUCGAGAUGGGGUCCGAUAUGGAUACCGAGACGGAAGGAGGCGCUUCACCAGAUCAGGCCUUGAGGAUGUGGAUGUCGGGCAUGAAAUCCGAACACAGCUCCUGUUUGUCAAGCCGCGCCAACUCAGCCUUGUCCCUCACUGACACGGAUCACGAAAGGAAGUCUGACGGAGAGAACGAAAUGCCAGGGAGCCCACGCAACCAGUUUACCUUCAGACCCCUGCCACCUCCGCCGCCACCACCCCACGCGUGCACCUGCAGCCGAAAGCCUCCUUCAGCAGCCAAUUCCCUCCAGGCCAGAUCGCUCACCACCCGCAGCCAGCCGAAUCCAGCCGCCCCAUCGCCCCCGAAUACCCAGGACUCUGUGCAUCUUCAUAACAGUUGGGUUCUGAACAGUAACAUACCACUGGAGACCAGGCAUUUCCUGUUUAAACAUGGAUCUGGGUCUUCCGCUAUCUUCAGCGCUGCCAGUCAGAACUAUCCUCUGACUUCUAAUACAGUUUACUCACCACCUCCCAGACCACUUCCUAGAACGACGUUUUCGCGACCGGCUUUCGCUUUUAACAAGCCUUAUAGAUGUUGCAACUGGAAGUGCACCGCCUUGAGUGCUACAGCAAUCACAGUCACACUGGCAUUGUUGCUGGCUUAUGUUAUUGCAGUACAUUUAUGUGGCCUGACUUGGCAGUUGCAGCCAGUUGAUGGACAGCUUUAUGAAAACGGACUCAGUAAAGGAAACAGACUCACAGAAUCUGUGGAUACAACAUAUGCUCCCAUUGGAGGGAAAGUGUCAGAUAAAACAGAAAGGAAAGUAUUUCAGAAAGGACAGGCCAUAGACACGGGAGAAAUUGAAAUUGGAGAUCAGGUGAUGCAGACCAUCCCACCAGGCCUCUUUUGGCGGUUCCAGAUCACGAUCCAUCAUCCGUUGUACUUGAAAUUUAAUGUGUCUCUGGCAAAGGAUUCCCUGCUUGGGAUUUAUGGCAGACGCAAUAUUCCUCCCACUCACACCCAGUUUGACUUUGUAAAACUAAUGGAUGGAAAACAGCUAAUUAAACAGGAACCAAGACAUUCGGAAGAACUUCACCAGGGGCCCAGAAAUCUAAUUUUAAUGUCCAUGCAAGAAACUGGUUUCAUAGAAUAUAUGGACCAAGGAGCCUGGCACAUGGCAUUUUACAACGAUGGCAAGAAGGUGGAGCAAGUGCUUAUGUUAACAACAGCAAUUGAAGUCAUGGAUGACUGUUCUACUAACUGCAACGGAAAUGGAGAAUGUAUUUCUGGCCACUGCCACUGUUUCCCAGGAUUCCUUGGUCCUGAUUGCGCACGAGAUUCCUGCCCAGUUUUAUGCAGUGGAAACGGGGAAUAUGAACAGGGUCACUGUGUUUGUCGCAACGGGUGGAAGGGAGCCGAAUGCGAUGUCCCAGAGGAGCAGUGCAUUGACCCCACCUGCUUUGGGCACGGCACAUGUAUCAUGGGAAUUUGCAUUUGUGUCCCCGGUUAUAAAGGAGAGAUAUGCGAAGAAGAGGACUGCUUAGAUCCUAUGUGUUCUGGGCAUGGAGUCUGUGUCCAAGGAGAAUGCCAUUGCUCCAUGGGCUGGGGCGGAGUCAACUGUGAAACAUCACUUCCCAUCUGUCAAGAACAGUGUUCUGGCCAUGGCACUUUUGUCUUGGAGACAGGGCUGUGCAGUUGUGACCCAAAGUGGACAGGCUCUGAUUGCUCAUCCGAACUCUGCACACUGGAUUGCGGCGCCCAUGGUGUUUGUGUGAAAGGAGCGUGCCAGUGUGAAGAAGGUUGGAUAGGGCCCACUUGUGAAGAACGGACGUGUAAUUCUCACUGCACGGAGCAUGGAAAGUGCAAAGAUGGAAAAUGCGAAUGCAGCCCUGGAUGGGAAGGAGACCACUGUACCAUAGUUCACAAGGUUAAUGCUAUCAGGGAUGGAUGCCCGGGUCUGUGUUAUGGAAAUGGAAGGUGUACCCUUGACCAAAAUGGAUGGCACUGUGUCUGCCAAGUGGGCUGGAGCGGAAUGGGCUGCAAUGUUGUAAUGGAAAUGUUUUGUGAAGAUAACAUCGAUAAUGAUGGAGAUGGUUUGACAGACUGUGUUGAUCCUGAUUGCUGUCAGCAGAGUAAUUGCUUCUCCAGUCCUCUCUGCCAAGGGUCUCCUGAUCCUCUGGACCUCAUUCAGCAAAGUCAACCUCCUUUCUUGCAGCACUCACCAAGACUCUUUUAUGACAGGAUCAAGUUUCUGAUUGGCAAGGAGAGCACUCAUGUCGUUCAAGGCGAUGUCUUAUUUGAGAGCAGACGUGCUUGUGUUAUCCGAGGACAAGUGGUAGCAAUUGAUGGAACCCCUCUGGUUGGGGUCAAUGUGAGUUUCCAGCAUCACAGUGAUUAUGGCUACACCAUCAGCCGACAGGAUGGAAGUUUUGAUCUAGUGGCUGUCGGAGGCAUCUCGGCCACCCUGAUCUUUGAUAGAUCACCUUUUCUUCCCAUGAAAAGAACACUUUGGCUGGCCUGGAAUAGGUUUAUUGUGGUAGACAAAGUGGUCAUGCAAAGGACAGAAGCAGAACUGCCCACUUGUGACAUCAGUAGCUUCAUCAGCCCGAAUCCAAUCGUCAUCCCUUUUCCUCUGACAACAUUUGGAGGAUCGUGUCCAGAAAGAGGGACAGUCAUACCUGAAUUACAGGUGGUCCAGGAGGAAAUAUCCUUUCCUUCCAGCUUUGUGAAGCUGAGUUACCUGAGCAGCAGAACCUCGGGAUAUAAAACCUUGCUACGCAUCAUCUUGACGCAUUCUACGAUCCCCCCUGGCAUCACAAAAGUGCAUCUCACUGUCACAAUUGAAGGGCGGCUGGCUCAGAAAUGGUUUCCGGCUGCCGUCAACCUCAUCUAUACUUUUGCAUGGAAUAAGACGGAUAUUUAUGGACAGAAGGUAUCCGGCUUGGCAGAGGCAAUAGUCUCGGUGGGUUACGAAUAUGAGAGCUGUGCUGAUCUGAUUCUAUGGGAGAAAAGGACUGUAACAUUGCAAGGAUUUGAGUUGGAUGCAUCAAAUCUAGGAUGCUGGUCCUUGGACAAACACCAUAUUUUGAAUACACAGAGUGGGAUUGUCCAUAAAGGCAAUGGAGAGAACAUAUUCAUCUCACAACAGCCAGCCGUCAUCUCUACAGUCAUGGGCAACGGGCACCAGAGGAGUGUCUCCUGCACCAAUUGCAACGGUCCUUCUCACAGCAGUAAACUCUUUGCGCCUGUCGCCCUCGCAUCCGGCACCGACGGGAGCAUAUACAUUGGCGAUUUCAAUUUUGUUCGAAGGCUUCUUCCUUCCGGAAACUCUAUUAGCAUCCUGGAACUAAGAAACAGAGACACCAGACACAGCACUAGUCCAGCACACAAAUAUUAUCUUGCCAUGGAUCCAGCCUCGGAAUCCCUUUAUUUGUCAGAUACAAACACCAGGAGGGUCUACAAGGUGAAAUCUCUCAGUGAAACCAAGGAUUUGGCCAAAAAUUAUGAGGUGGUGGCAGGUACUGGGGAUCAGUGCCUGCCGUUUGAUCAAAGUCACUGUGGUGAUGGAGGACGGGCGUCCGAAGCAGCUCUUCACAGCCCACGAGGUAUCACCGUCGAUAAGCAUGGCUUCAUUUAUUUUGUGGACGGCACCACAAUUCGCAAGAUCGAUGGAAGUGGGCAGAUCACAACGUUAAUAGGCUCAAAUGGCCUCACAUCAACCCAGCCUCUGCGUUGUGAUGCCAGCAUGGACAUCUCUCAGGUUCGCUUAGAAUGGCCAUCAGAUCUUGCUGUCAACCCUCUUGACAACUCAUUAUAUGUGCUGGACAACAACAUCGUCCUGCAAAUUUCUCAGAACCGGCGGGUUCGCAUCAUUGCGGGCCGCCCAAUUCACUGCCAAGUUCCCGGUGUUGACCACGUGCUGGUCAGCAAAGUGGCCAUCCAUUCCACCCUCGAAUCAGCCCGUGCUGUUGGCGUCUCUCACAGCGGUGUGUUGUACAUUGCCGAGACAGAUGAGAGGAAGAUCAACCGCAUCCAGCAGGUCACAACCAAUGGAGAGAUCUCUGUCAUUGCUGGAGCACCGACAGAUUGUGAUUGUAAGAUUGAUCCCAACUGUGAUUGCUUCUCAGGUGAUGGUGGAUACGCUAAAGACGCCAAGCUCAAAGCUCCAUCUUCCCUUGCCGUGUCUCCUGAUGGCACUUUGUACAUCGCUGACCUUGGGAACAUCCGCAUCCGUGCUGUUAGCCAAAAUAAGCCUCAUCUCAAUGAUGCCAAUAUUUAUGAGAUAGCCUCUCCAGCUGACCAAGAACUGUAUCAAUUCACGAACAAUGGAACUCACUUGCACACCCUCAAUCUGAUCACGAGAGACUUUCUGUAUAACUUCACAUAUAACGGGGAAGGUGAACUUGGCACCGUUACCAGCAACAACGGUCACUCUGUACAUAUACGAAGGGAUGCCAGUGGCUUACCUCUCUGGAUGGUGAUGCCUGGAGGGCAGGUAUACUGGUUGACCAUCAGUAGCAAUGGCAUUCUCAAAAGAGUUUAUGCUCAGGGCUACAAUUUAGCCCUAAUGACCUAUCCUGGCACCACUGGACUUCUUGCCACCAAAAGCAACGAGUAUGGAUGGACAACAGUUUAUGAGUAUGAUUCCGAUGGUCAUUUAACCAAUGCAACUUUUCCCACUGGGGAAGUUAGCAGUUUCCAUAGUGAUAUUGAAAAACUGAUGAGAAUAGAAAUUGACGCUUCAAAUAGGGAAAAUGUGAUUACAGCAACUAACUUUUCAGCUACCUCAACUAUUUAUACUUUAAAACAAGACAACAUUCAGAAUAUUUAUCGGGUCAGUCCAGAUGGAUCCCUCCGAGUCACCUUUGCCAGUGGAAUGGAGCUGACGCUGAAUGCUGAGACACACAUCCUGGCUGGUGUGGUCAACCCUACCUUAGGAAAAUGUAAUAUCUCCUUACCUGGAGAGCAUAACUCCAACCUUAUCGAGUGGAGGCAAAGGAAGGAACAAACUAAAGGCAAUAUUUCCACUUUUGAAAGAAGGUUACGGGCUCACAACAGAAACUUGUUGUCCAUUGAUUUUGACCACUUAACAAGAACAGGGAAGAUCUAUGAUGACCAUCGCAAGUUCACUCUUCGGAUCCUCUAUGACCAGGCAGGCCGCCCAAUUCUUUGGUCACCCAUCAACAAGUACAAUGAAGUCAACAUCACUUACUCCCAUUCUGGAUUAGUAACGUACAUCCAGAGAGGAACAUGGACUGAAAAAAUGGAGUAUGAUCCAAAUGGGAAGAUUAUCUCCAGAACAUGGGCAGAUGGAAAAAUAUGGAGCUACACCUAUCUAGAAAAGUCUGUGAUGCUUCUUCUGCACAGCCAGCGCCGCUACAUCUUUGAACAUGACCAGUCGGACUACCUACUGUCUGUCACCAUGCCAAGCAUGGUCCGCCACAGUUUUCAAACCAUGCUCUCUGUUGGCUACUAUCGCAAUCUUUACUCUCCGCCAGACAGCAGUGCCUCCUUCAUGCAGGACUUUUCUAGAGAUGGACGGCUUUUGCAAACUCUCUACGCAGGAACGGGCCGCCAAGUUCUUUAUCAAUACACACCACAGUCCAAGCUCUCCGAGAUCCUUUACGACACCACACAGGUCUCCUUUACUUACGAAGAAUCAACGGGCGUCAUUAAAACCAUACACUUGAUGCAUGAUGGAUUUAUUUGCACCAUCAGAUACAGGCAAACGGGGCCACUUAUUGGGCGACAGAUAUUCCGAUUCAGUGAAGAAGGUCUCGUGAAUGCCAGGUUUGAUUACAGCUAUAACAACUUUCGGGUAACCAGCAUGCAAGCAAUGAUCAACGAAACACCACUCCCUAUUGAUCUAUACCGCUACGUAGAUGUGUCUGGGAAAACAGAACAAUUUGGCAAAUUCAGCGUGAUCAAUUAUGACUUAAAUCAAGUUAUCACCACCACCAUGAUGAAGCAUACCAAAAUUUUCAGUGCCAAUGGCCAAGUGAUAGAAGUACAGUAUGAAAUUCUGAAAUUCAUUGCCUACUGGAUGACUCUUCAAUAUGACAACAUGGGACGUAUGGUGAUAUGUGACAUCCGAGUAGGAGUAAAUGCCAACAUAACAAGGUACUUUUAUGAAUACGAUGCUGAUGGACAGCUUCAAACUGUCUCUGUGAAUGACAAAACUCAGUGGCGCUACAGCUAUGAUCUCAAUGGAAAUAUCAACUUACUCAGCCACGGGAACAGUGCACGGCUUACUCCUCUGAGAUAUGACCUCCGAGACCGCAUCACAAGGCUAGGAGAUCUUCAGUACAAGGUGGAUGAAGAUGGCUUUCUUAAACAAAGAGGAAAUGACAUCUUUGAGUACAGCUCCAAUGGUUUCCUGAGCAGAGCUUACAACAGGGUGGCUGGCUGGACAAUCCAGUUUUGCUAUGAUGGCUUGGGACGAAGAGUGGCCAGCAAGUCAAAUCUAGGGCAACACUUACAAUUCUUUUACGCAGAUCUCUCCAAUCCAGUAAGAAUUACUCACUUGUACAAUCACAGCAGUUCAGAAAUCACAUCCCUUUAUUAUGACCUUCAAGGACACUUGAUAGCUAUGGAGUUAAGCAGUGGCGAAGAGUAUUAUGUGGCAUGUGACAACACAGGGACACCCUUAGCUGUCUUCAGCAGCCGAGGCCAAGUGAUCAAAGAAAUCCUUUACACGCCUUACGGUGAGAUCUAUCAGGACACUAACCCAGAUUUUGAAGUUGUUAUCGGUUUUCAUGGAGGGCUAUAUAAUUCUUUGACUAAACUGGUACACUUGGGGCAAAGAGAUUAUGAUGUCAUUGCUGGACGUUGGACAAGCCCAAACCAUCGCAUCUGGGAAGAGCUGAAGAAUGUCCCUAAGCCAUUUAAUUUGUAUGCAUUUGAAAACAAUUAUCCAGCUGGCAAAAUACAAGAUGUGGCUAAAUAUACUACAGAUAUCGGGAGUUGGCUUGAACUGUUUGGAUUUCAGCUUCACAAUGUGCUCCCUGGGUUCCCAAGGCCAGGGAUGGGCACUUUGGACACAACGUACGAGCUUUUACAACUUCAAACCAAGACCCAAGAGUGGGAUCCUGGAAAGACUAUUCUUGGCAUUCAGUGUGAACUACAGAAGCAACUCCGGAACUUUAUUUCCUUGGAUCAGCUUCCCAUGACCCCCAAAUACAGCGAUGGCCGAUGUACACAGAAGGUAAAGCAACCCCAAUUUGCUGCAGUUCCUUCGGUCUUUGGGAAGGGCAUCAAAUUCGCAAUUAAGGAUGGACUGGUAACAGCAGACAUUAUCGGCGUAGCCAAUGAGGACAGCCGACGCAUCGCUGCCAUCCUCAACGGUGCUCAUUACCUCGAGAACCUCCAUUUCACCAUCGAUGGACGAGACACCCACUAUUUCAUCAAGCUUGGGUCUUUGGAAGAAGACCUUUCUCUCAUAGGCAACACUGGGGGACGGCGGAUCUUGGAGAACGGGGUCAACGUCACGGUGUCCCAAAUGACUUCCGUCAUCAACGGGAGGACAAGACGAUUUGCAGACAUCCAACUUCAGCAUGGUUUUUUGUGCUUUAACAUUCGAUAUGGGACGACCAUCGAAGAAGAGAAGAACCAUGUUUUGGAGAUCGCCCGGCAAAGAGCUGUGCUACAAGCUUGGACUAAGGAACAAAAGCGACUGCAAGAUGGUGAAGAAGGUACAAGGGUUUGGACAGAAGGGGAGAAGCAGCAGCUUUUGAGCACUGGGAAAGUGCAGGGUUAUGACGGAUAUUUUGUCUUAUCUGUGGAGCAGUAUCUAGAACUCGCAGACAGUGCCAACAAUAUUCACUUUAUGAGACAGAGUGAAAUAGGCAGAAGGUAA